CAGGGACCCGCGGGCCCCUCCAGCCGCGCUGCCCCAGCUCUGCUCAGCCUCCGUUCCAGUUUCGAUUCCCCGGCAAGGUUCUCUGUUCGGAAGCGCUUUCCUGACGUCAGCUGUCACCGCGGGCUGGGGCAGAGACAAGGGCGGGACGAGAUUCCACAGUACAAGCCCAGCCCUGGGAGGUGGCCAAAGGCACUGAAAGAUCGCUAUUUCAGGGACAUUUUUAGCCGCCUUUAUCGGCGAAGGCUGCACCAAGUGUCAGUGGAAAUCCAUCUCCCACCAGUUUCAUAACCAGCCUGGUUACACUUACUCUGAGGGAUGCCUUACACCUGCAGCACAUCAGGGCAGUCCCGUAACAGGCUCCCCUCUCAGAGCCUCCUGCUCACACCAGAGCUCCAGCCAUGUUUGUGCCUCAGCCAAGGCUUCCACAGGGCUGACUGGAUGCAGAAAGGGUUAAUGAGCACUCGUUGGCUUUCUCCAGCACACCCUGCUCUCCCUGACCACCCCUUCUGCUGAACCCACCUCCUGCCAAGGUUUUCUCCUUUCCCCAGUCACCACCAUUACACCUGCAGAUAUUGUGGAGACCUCGAGCAGCCGGACAGCUCCUUUGCCACUCGCUGAGAGCACUGGUUUAGCACCACGAGCUGCAGGGCUGCAGCACAGAGCUGUCUCCCCACUCAGUAAGAGAAGCAACAGCAGCAGCACCACAGUGCACCUUUCCCUGUGCCCUGCUGACUGUGAAUGUCACACUGAGCAGGGGUAUUGGACCUGUGAUUAACGCAUAUGAUUCUUGCUAACAUGAUUGUAACUACAUCACUAUUUUAGAAAAUAAUUGCUAUAAAAUAAAAAGUAUAUGUGGUUAGUGUUACAAAGCAGAUGUGUCCCUUUGCACAUGUUAUUUGUGCAAAACAGGAUAUAGGCUGUGGUACUGAGAUAAGCAAGAUCCCAAAACAGAAUUGGCCUCGGGCAAACAAAGCUGGGACGAUUCCCAAAGCAGAACUGGCUGUGGGAUGAGCAAAGCUGGGACAACUUCAGAUACAGAAUCUAUAGUAGUGGUUUUAUCUAUGAAAUGAUAAUACUUAUUUGGAAUAUAAUAUUUACUUACAUAACACAAAGCUUAAUGUCCAUGUGCAACCUGUAAGGUUAUUCAGGGGACAGCAAGGAAGACAGCGAAAAGACCAGAGCCAGGAGACCCCCUAACAACAAAUGGAGCAUGAGCUGUGCAGUACAGUGACACAGAUUUCAAUAUUUGAAAAUAGGAGGAGAUUUACAGGAAAAUACUGAUGAAUAUGUACUAGCAUGCAGUAGAUAAGCUGGGUUUGGAUUCCUUUGUUUCUUACGUGAGGCACGGUGAGAAACCCUCCCCAUACCCUGGUCAGUUCUGCUUAUACUUUAUACAAACCUUAAUCAUACUUAAUUAAUCACUGCCAAAUUUCUGUAUAUGCUUGAUUAUAUCUAAUAUACUUGACUGUAUUCAUUUAUAUAAAAUUGCUGCUCAGUUAAAAUUGCUGCUAAAUUAAAUUUUGUUGUUUAGUAGAUCAGACAUAUAGAACUUCAUUCAUAACAAACCCAUUCCUCCUGCAGUACAGAACAGGCUGUCCGUGCUGCCACCCAUCCUGAACCCCUGGAAUGGAGGCUGGGCACAGGAAGGAUGGCAUAACUCAGGGGAGGACACCCCACUAAACAGAAAACCUUCUGCUGGCUUGGGCAGUGAGUCAAACUGCUUCUUGGAAAUUUUGGGUUUUGUACAUCAACAGCAGGAUUUCCUUCACCAAAGACAAUGGAUUACAAAACGUUACCUGUGAGAGAAUGGGUUGAGAACCACGUCAAAUGCUGGCUGGAAUCUACCGGAAUCAAGAAGGAGUAUGUAGAUAAACUCUAUGCAGAAGAAGUGACAGGUCCAGCAUUAAUGGAACUGGAUGAGUCUUUCCUCAAAGACAUAGGAAUGAAGAAAGGCCAAAUCCAGAUCUUAAUCCGCAAGAGAAAUGAACUUUUGCGGCUGCAGGACAACGCAGAGCAAGCUGAGGACUCCGGCAGCAAAACACCCGACAGAAGGGAAGCACAAACAGCCCCAGGCAGAGCCAGCACUGCCCCUGCUCAGGGCACGGCGAGCGAAGGCAGCUCUGGUGCUGUGGGCACCACCAGCAGCGAGAGCACAGCUCCUGCUUCUGGCAAGAAGCCAAAAAGCAGCAAGAAAUCCCAGCUUCCAAGUGCUGCUGAAGUUUUAGAGGUCAGAAACUAUCGGCCAUUUAGAAGUCAGGACCCCGACUUCAAAUACGUGAAGGACACAGUUCUUCCUCCAGAAUCAGGAGUCAGUGAUUUAAUCAUUCCUUGCCACGAAUACAAAUCCUGUGACACUGCUGCAGAACUGAACGAACAACAGCUGAAAUCAAAAUUUGCCUCUGAAGUGAUACGGUUUGCUUCGGCCUGCAUGAACAUUCGAACAAAUGGCACCAUCCAUUUUGGUGUCAUGGACAGUGUUGAGAACAAGGGCUGGAAACACGGGCAGAUCGUCGGCAUAAAGGUCAAAAAACGAGAAGACUUUGUUGAUGCUCUGGAUUAUAUAGAAAAGUGCUUUUGCGAUAAUUUACAAGAAAUUGCAAGGAAAUGUAUUCAUCCACCUGUGUUUGUUGAAGUGAUUUCAAAAGACUCUCAAGAACAAAGAUUUGUAGUGGAGGUUGACAUUGAACCAACAUUCAGCUUGGUAAAGAACAAUUACUUUCAAGUUCAUUUGCCAAAAUACAACGAAAGCAGUCACAAGGUGAUCCUGACCAAAGAACCAGCUCUCUACCAGCGACUGGGAGCGAAGUCUGAGCCCGUGCAGCAAAGCAAACUCGCUGCUUUUAUUCAAGCCAUACCAGACAGGGAUGCUCAGAGACAAAGAGCUGAGCUCUCCAGCACACAAGUACCUACAGAAAUACCUCAAGAUUUAGGAAGAAAGUUAUCAAUUCUAUUAAAUGAUGGCAAAAGCUACAUGGAUGAUUCCCUACGGUACAUCCUUGUCACAAACAGAUGUGAACAGGACAAUCUGAACCACAUCGACUUUUUAAUGCACUUGAACAUUUUCUGUGUCUUUGACUUCGAUGAACAUUCUAAUGUGUCAGGGCUGUACAGCAAAUACAAAGAGCACCAUGAAACAAGUUCUUAUUUCUUACAGGAUUUUUUCAAAGAAAUUAAGACUGAUAAUUCUCCCUCUCAGAAGCUGUUUGAUCAGACCAGCUGGAUAUUCUGCAAUGGGCGCAGUGACUUCCUUGGGGAUGAGAAAGCUUGUGACGAAAAUACAUGGAUCAGAACAAAAAAAAAAUACCUGAAGAAAGUAAUUACUUGUAUCUGUGAGGAAAUUCUGCCAGAGGGCUCUUUCAUUGUGCUUUUUCUAUUGCUGUCACCAGUGCAGAAACCACUUGUGGACACUUUUCAGGAAUUCUAUACAGAGAUGAAUGGCAUGGAGUACAUCAUCUGCAUUGCAGAGUCCAGAGACAGCUACAAGAAGUGGGCUAAUCUAGCUCAGGAAUCCUGCAGCAUUGAGACCCUGGAACAACGCAGUGUUGUGGGCAUGAAGCUCAGUCACGUCGAUGCCACCAUCCAGUCAAUGCUGCCUUCUACAGCCCAACCCAGACACCUGCCAGCUUCCACUGGAGGCCUGUGUACACUUCCCUUGCGGGAAGAAGAGAAAUUGUAUUCCCUAGAAAUCCUUUGUACUGAUCAAUGUGAUGAUAUCAAAUUAAAUCUUUGGACUGAAAAACAAAAACAAGAAAUAGAACAAGAUUUUUACCGUGGGAGAAAAAUCACUUGGGAAAACUUGUGGCUUGCUGAUAAUAAACACUGUGGGGACAUCAUUGAACGUAAGGCAUGUGCAGAGGCAAGCCAACUGCUGGAUGGCAUUUUACGAGGAGGUGGACACAAUUAUUCUGUGGCUAAACUAAAGAUAUUUCACCAUCCUGGGAGUGGAGGAAGCACAAUAGCACGGCAAGUUCUAUGGAAAAACAGAAAGCGUUUUAGAUGUGCUGUUAUCAAGACCUCCUACCCACCCUUAACUGUUUGUAACCAUGUGCUCGCCCUUAGAGAUUAUGAAGAAAAGGAAAUCAUUCACUGCUUUCCUGUGCUGCUCCUGAUCGAAGAUUAUGAUGAUGAGUACUUGGAUGACCUACAGAGUGAGUUAAUAGAGGCUGCAACAGCCAGGAAAAUGAAUACCUCCAGGCCUUACUUCAUCCUCAUAUGCUGCAGACGAUACAAUGACCCUGAAAGGCACUGCAAGGCUUCGCCACUGGACACAGUCGCUGUCACUCACAAACUGACAGAUUUAGAGAAAGAGCAGUUUAACACCAAACUUGAAAAUCUGCAGCAGAAGUAUGAUAAACCAGAAUUCAUACUUACAUUUGUGCUGAUGUGUAAGGAGUUCAGUAAAACAUAUGUGUCAGACAUGGUAGAGCACAUCCUGCAAGGCAUCGACCCUUCCUCUCGUGACACCUGCUUGAUGCGUUACAUUGCCCUGCUCAACUGCUACGUACCAAACUCAUACCUGUCCCUGUCACACUGUGAGGCUUUUCUGGGCCUGGGGGCAUAUACAGAGAGUACAGCAAGAGCAUACGAUUUCAAGCAUCACUUGAGUGAACAAGCAAGAAUGAUUUUCAUUGAGCUAAGGGAAAGCAUCACUUAUAUUUCAACGAUUCGGAUAAUACACUGCCUGGUUGCAAAAGAAAUUCUGCAUCAACUUUCAGGGAAUCAAUCACUAAGUCAAAUUGCAACAAGUCUUCUUCAGGAAAAGACACUCUUUGAAAACAGAUUUGGACGAGAAGAAUUCAGAAGGUUUAUCAGACAUCUGUUUAUUCGACGUGAUAAAAGAAGCAGGGGGGACAAUACUGACACUCUCUUCUCCCCGUUCAUUGAACAAGUCUGUGAAACCGAAGACUGUGAGAAAGCCAUUGCUGUUUUAAAAGCUGCGUAUGAGCUCCUUGGAAAAGAUCCUUUUUUUGCCCAGCAGCUUGCCAGACUAAAUUACAGCAAUGAAAAAUUUGAAGAUGCUAAAUACUGGGCAACGGUUGCAAAAUCACAUUUGCCAACCGAUUCUUUUAUUUUGGAUACAGAAGGUCAAGUCUACAGGAGAUGGUUUGGUUUUACUGUGGAUAAAAUGACAGAGGAAGAUACUCCUGAAAGGAUCACUGAGAAGAUAUUGCUUGCUCUUGAAGCUAUGAAAUGCUUCAGGGCUGCACAACAGGCAGCAAAGGAAGAACGUGAAAGCAUGAACAACGCUGGCUAUUUUGGAGAAGUAGAAGUAGGUUGUCGCCUUCUUCGAUUUUUGUCCACACUCCCUGUAUUCCACAGAGGUCCAGAGGGGGAGCAUACUGAGCUUGUGAAAUAUCUCACCACAGAUUACAUUCCUGAAGACAUAAAGAGACCAUGGGGAAGGCUUCAUUCCCGCUUGAAAGGCUUGCGCCAGAACCUCUACAAUGCUCUGGAAUGGAUUUCAGAAGAACUAAGUUACUUCCAAACAGAUAAAAACCAGGAGAAGGAUGAUGAAAAUGAUGAUAAGGAAGAACAAAUUCAUAAUCCCAGAAAGUGGCUGAGAAAGCAAGCAGCUGUAUACGCUAAAUUCUUCAUCUCAGCAUCACUUCUAGAUGACAGCAACAAUGGUCCUGACACUCAGCUCAUGAGACAAAUGAGUAUUUAUGGGAGUGGUGGAGGAAAUGUCACCAAUAUCCUGUCUUUCUUAACAGAUAAGAAAGAGAACAGGUCAGCUGAAAAGCUGGAAAGGAUCCUUAGUUUCUAUCCAGAAGACCCACUGAGGACCAGGUUGGAGGACAACGAUUUGAUCAAUUUCAUUUUGUGCCACAUCACAUUAGCCUGCUUAGCACCAGGAUCAGCCAAACUCCUCCCACUGCCAACGCUGCGUGAGCUCAGUCUAAGAUUCUUCAAAGGAAAGAGACAAUUUCCAGCAAGUGCAUAUUUUCUGCUCACCUUGCUGUACUGGCCAGAUGAGGCAUUAGACAAAGAGCCUAAUCCCAUUAAUGAUGAAAUUUUAACUUCAGCUCUUCAAACCUUGAAACGCUUAUAUGACAUCAAAGUGAAAGAUGUUCCUACCAGAAAGAAAAGAAUCUACACCCAUUUUUUUCUGGGAAAGGGUUAUGGUUUAAGUAAGAUAGUGGACAAAACUAAAAUUGACAAAUUGAUGGUGGGGUCCUCCUUAGAUGAGAGGAGAAUGAAGUGGCUGCAUGGAACUGUAUGGAAUGUUCCCGAAAUCCGAUACAAUCUCAAAAGAGUUUCUGGCUGGUCCAAGGACAGAAAUUUAUUUAUACGAGGUCACGGGAAGGAACUCCAGAUCUUGCCACUCCAUCGUGAAUCAGUGCCUGCUGGAAAUGAAAAUGUGACCUUUUACUUAGGCUUUUCAUAUAAUGGUCUUGUUGCUUUCAAUAUUGAGGUUGAAAAUGAUCCAGCCAUCAAAAGAACCUAAGGUAUGCGGUACAGUACUGCAUGCAUGGUGCUCUUAGAGGGUACUAAAACUUAGAGGGUACUAAAAAUGGACUGUUCCUGAGUAACUACCAGACAACAUCAGAAUUAACAACCAUAUUAGUGACCAAGUAACUCAAAAAAAUUUAAACUAUGAAUAGAGUGAACUUAGAGCCAAGCCAUUGAUUGUUCUGGAAUUACAGAAAACAAGAUUUUAAACCAAAGACCCAAAGACAACAAUUGAUCUGGUUUUUCUUACCCCACAGAUUAGCACUUCAAGUUAUCUCUGCGUAGUCUUGAUCAGUAAAAGAAUUUGUCCAGUGCUGUUGUCAUCUUAUUGCAGAAGUUCCAUACCUUCUUGUUGCUUUCUCCAGGGCAGCUCCUCACAGCACUGACUCCUUCUUCACAGUACAGCCAACAAACUCCAGGUCUCUCCUCAACCAGCUAAGCCACUCUUUUGUGGCACUCUUCUAACUGGACACAGCUGUGGCCUAUUAAGGGCAGGCCUGUUCCUUUUGGUGAUUAGUACAGCUGCAGCUCCUCAGGGGUGACGUUACCUUCUGCACUAUUUUCUUACAUUCUGUCCCCCCACACAGUGUAACUAAAUUUUUCUUCCUGAAUCAGCAACAGAAAAAUGAACUCAGACCACAUACCAUGUUGACAUGUGCCAUGUAUGAGAUACCUACUGACUGCAAAGGCAGUGGCAGUAUGGAAGCAGUGUUAAAGCUAACUUCACAAUCAGACUGAUAAAAAACAGGCCCCAAAUUCUGCAUAAUCCUACACUGCUUCUCUGUGUAAAUACUAUCUUACUAGACAAUAUCUAUAUCUGGGCUGGGGUGGGAGAUACGUGAGCAGAGUCAUGGGUGGCAUAAAAGAUCAGUUGUAAGCACUGUUAUGUGUACACAGUCAAACAAUUCCUGCACUUGGUGAAAUUAUUCUGCAUUAUCAGCCAAGGAGUGCCACAGAAUACAGAACUGGAAUUUGUCUAAAGCAUACAUCCAUGGUUUGAAAAAUGCAGAGGAGGUUUUCAGUGCUAUGUUUGCAACCAUGAUGCCACAUUCUGCUUCUAAUAACAAAAAUGUGUGUUCUUGGAGUUUCCUAUUGUUUGAUAUAAGAUAUUGUGGCUAAAAUUGCCAAAACCCCCUGUCAUGUAACUUGUUUUAAUCAAAUAAAUAUCUUUUGUGAAGUACUGCCAUUUCUAUGUGCGCUUGAUUACCCUACCUGAGGAUGUAUUUUCAACAGUAGCUAGGUAUGAUUUGCUUUUCCAACUGCAGCAAGGAUCUGGGCAGAGCCAAAAACUGCAGAAUGAACUGCAAGCCAUGGUGAAUUCUGAAGGAAGAAGGUGGAAGAUUAUUGUCUAAUCCAAGCCUUCACAUUCUGGCCUGAGGAAGGAGAAACAAUUGCCAGAAGGAAGAGAGCUGGAGAGGGCAGAGAAAUCCCCCUCUGCUGCCCAGCCCUGAUGCAGGGACAGGAGUACGUUUCACAAGGUAACUGGGCAAAGGCAGCUUCCCCAAGUCUGGCCUGAGGCAUUAGGGUGGCUUCAACCCAGAGCAGAAACUUGGGGGUAUGUAAACUUACUGAAAAGCAAAACACUGACAUACACAACCUGCUCAAAUACUGUGGCAGAAACACAGACUUUGUUUUUGAAAAGGAACUGUUACCCUGAUGAAAAAUUGCAGCCAGCUUGGCCAGGAGGGUCUGUCUUGUGAUUUGCUCACUGCCUGCCCACACCCCACUCGAUCCUGCAGACAGCAGUGCUUUGCCCUGCAGCUCACACUACUGCACAAGCUUGAGUCUUUGAGGUAUAAACAGGGCUCAUGCUCCUCAUAUAUCCCUACUUUCAUCUUUUGAGAAAUUAAAAGUUUAGAUUUAAACUCUUUAUCCCCCCAGCCCCACAGAAAACAACAGCAACAACAAAACAAACAAAACAAAACCAAACACCCCUAAAACAACAACAACAAAAAGACCAAAAGAAGAAGUUUUAGAGAAAAAGUGUAAACUCACAUAUUAACUCUUGGGGUCCCACACUGCAAGAACCACCAGCUGAGGCUCCCAGUGUGCCAAGUACAGACCCACCCUUUCUAUUUCCUACCAGUCAUGUUCACACUGGGAGGGCUUUCACCUGCCAGGCAACCACAACUGGCUCUUGGCACAAAGCAGCUCCCAAAUGCCUCAGAUUUCCUGGAGCUGAAGGGCCAGAGGACAAAUGCCCAUUAGAACUUGUCACAGCAGCAGUGUUCCCUCGAAGGGUCCUCUACUGCACCUCCUCCUUGUCACACACUGCCAGUGCAAAAUGCCUUCAACUGCUCCAUGCCAUAGCACAAAAAUAUCUAUUUAUCUUCCCUUUACCAGCUCUCAGAAACCAACCCAUGAGUGAACAGUGGUAGCUAAACAAGCCCCACCAGCCUAGCACAGUAAUCCAUUCUCACCCCAUACACAGGAGGUGCCAUUUCCCAAGCUACCUCAUCUCUCUGCUCAAAAAGGAUUUAGAACAGAGCACCUCCCAGCAUGCCCAUGCCACCAACUUUUAUGAAAACUGUUAGAAAUUUUUACUUUAUAUUCUUCUAACUUCAACAGCUUUUUACAGUCUGCUUAGCAGCAGGACAGUGGAUCAACAGCAAAAGGAAGUUACAGGUCAAGAAGUUAGGAUUCACUUGUUUGUGUCCACUUUAAAUCAGAACUCUCAAAAAUGAGUCUCUGCAGCUUACAGAGAAUCAAAAAGCUGGUACCAAGUUAUUCUCACCAUAACAUCUGUUGCAAUAAUAAUUUAAAUAGGUAUUCAAGAGGAGAAAAGAAAAAUACACACAAACAGUGGUUCACUUCUGUUUAAUCAGACACUGUUACAAAAUGUCACACAUUGCAGAUGGCUGUGUGUGCAAUGACCCAUUCCUCAAGAACAGUUCAAGAGAGGGUUCCCAGUGGAUGCAAAUCAUGUCAGUUCCACAUUUUCUUUUAAUCUUCUUUGUAAAGUGAAUGCUAUAAAAUUAAGCUUGUUAUUGUUACUAUUAUUUGCAUGCAUUAAAGUGAUGCACAUACUUACCAGUCUCUCACUUUCUUGAAUUAAAUUCCACACCAGUAUUUUGCCACCACCUGUCUUUUGAAAAAGAUCAGUAAUCCCAGCCCUUUCAUCCCACUUAACACAAAAGCAGUAUCAGUUAAGUUACAGAAAAAAGCCCUUCACAAGACACUAACUUCUGUGGCCAUACUGCUGCUGAGAGGGGACACUGCUCACUCAGGUGCUUCAAGGUCCUUUAUGAAGGUACUAAAACCAGUUUGGAGUUUGGUCAUUUUGAGUUUGCUGCAUGGUGACCAGAAACUCAAAAAGGGCAACUGGGAGUCAGCAAAGAGUGGAAAGAAAAGUGGGAAAUGACAACCUGUCCCAAAUACACAGUACCACAACUGUGAGGGAAGACUGCUGAACCACUUCACAAUGGACAGCUGCUCUAGUGGUGUGUCAGAAGUUGAGCUACAAUUUAACACUGUUUACCUGGCAAUCAAAGUCCACAUUUCCAGUCUUGUUUUGGUCCUAUCUCAAAAGAAAAUAAACUUUAUUCUCCCAAAAAGUACCAUAAGUAACUGCCAUUUAAAGUGUCACAAAGAGAUGUCUUUCUACCAGAGUUCUACUACAAUCUGUCCUGGAGAAAUGCACUUUUCCUUUUGUUAAGACCCUAUGGAACACAGUGCCCUUUAGUUAUCCCCAUGACUGCCAGACCAGUGUACGAGUAGUGCAGGUCUGCAUGCAGCCACUGCCAAAAGCAGGACCUGACAUGGUAAUUGAGCAGCCAACAGCAUUUACUGAUCCAGCUUCGUACUGAGCACUGCAUUAAUGCCAGCAGGUCAACCACAGGUGGUGUAAGAAAUCAGACACAUUCUGUUACCAGGGCUAACCUCACAACAUGUAUCCUUUUUAUUCCUGCAUACCUGCAAUUAAGAUUAAGCAAAGAAAGAUAAAGCUAAUUUGUAAAUAUUAAUGUGUAUUGUAUAUAAUUAAUGACUCCCCCUUUUCCCCCUUCUAGGAAGAAAAACCUAUGCAACAUUAGUCAGAAAUUUGCCUGCAGCUCAUUUUGAAGAUAAAGCAAUUUAGUGUAAAUUACCAAGAACUGAUGUAGAGAAGAUAACAGGCAAUGGGCUGAUACAGUAACAAUUCUAAAACGUGGGAAGCUACAAUUGCCUUGAAACCGUGCAUGUUUUUAUGAUGAAUUCUGCAGCACUGUUUAAGAUUUUGGAACCCUAAACCAAGAAUUCUGCUGGAAGUGGCAAGUCACUCAUAAACCCACUCUAGACUCUUCAGAUGAGCUGGCAAAACUCAAGUGUCUGUUCAGCUACCACAUAACUGUGACCUUCCCAGUGCUAAGUAAUUACCCACCAGUGAUGACAAAAGCCCCUCCAAUUCAGAGUGGGACAUCACGGCCUCAAAAGUGAAUUAAAGCACAGUCUUACAGCCCAUCCAGCUGUGGAUCUCUGCUUCAUGAUUCCAGCACAGAAAAGGUUUUCAUCUCUUCUACUGAUAUGCAGAGAUAAAAUAUACAAAGUCUAAAUAGAAAUAAAUGUGUGCAGCCAUUCCAGAGAAAGCUGCAUCUUUUGUUCAUUCACAAAGAAUCUUUCCUAUUUUAAGGUAUAAAACAUUCUACACAAUAGAAAUAAAAUACCAGAAUUUCUGGGAAGAUGGAAUAGGCCAGAAUUAAAAUAGAGGCAGAGCAGUAACUCUGAUGUAAGAUAAAACAGCUGGACAAAACCAUGUUUGUAGGCAGCCUCUGAAGUGCUGAAAUGAACCAACAAAAGUAAUUUAAAAAGCACAGAAGAAUAAGCUCCUGGCUUACCAACCUAACAAAGUAAAAAUCUGUGGGUAAGAAAGGGUAAUUAGCAGUAGCUAAAGAAAAUGGAAAGAUUACAAACUGAUAUGGAUUCUUAGAAACAGAAAUGCUUAAUCCCCAACACAACAAACAGAGGACCCUGCAGGUUUGCUGGUAAAAAACAGCCUCAGUAAUAACUGGCAUGUUACCACAUGAUUUUGACUUCAGACUUUCACAUUCUUCAGUAACACCAAAGGCUGCUUGUCAAGAUUCUGUAUUAAAUUUUCCUUAAAGGUGCUUGCAGAUAUUUUACCUGUCCACAAGCAUAGUUAAAUCCAUUAUAGAUCUUCCAAAGAAGUCUACUCUGUUCACUCACUACUGGAAUCAGUAGUAGGUAACAAUUGCAUUUCAGAGAUCAAAAUUCCCCUCAGGUAUUUAAGUGGUAUCAUUUGAACAAAUUAUUUCAAAUAGGAACAUCAGGUACUUACAGAUUAAACUAACCUGUACUGGCAGUUCUGUGGAAUUUUUCUUCUCUACCAGUAAGUAGCAAAUGCUGAAAUUCUGCUGCUAGUUAACAGAAACACAAAUUGUAUUAAACCAAGGUGUUUUACCCAUAAUUUAGCUUUUUAUUAAAAAAAAAAAAAAGCUGCCAAACUUCAAUAACUGCUAUUUGUUCCUUAAGAAAAGCAUGUGAAGUAAAGGCAACUAUAAAACUACUUUCAGUUUGCCCUUGUGAUUUUUCAUACAUAACCCAUAAGUUUAACCAGGUCACCAGCUGCCUACUAAAAACAAAGGAAAUUACAAUACUUACAUUGCCAGGUUCCUUCAUUAAAGUCCUAAAGCGUGUUUUCUCACUCUGGACUUUACAAGUGAAAGAGAAAAAUGUAUUUUUUCCCACUUAAGUUUAUGAGAAAGAAGCUAGAGAAUUCAGUGCAAGUAACUCAAUGAAAAGAAAAGAAAAAAGCUCUCCAUGACAUCUUUGUCUCAAAGCAUUACAUAAUUUCCUAAGUUGGAAAAUGGUGAAAUAGUUGCUUUUGGUUGUACUGCAUUCAUUUCAGGUAAUUAAAAUUACUGUUAGCAAAACCCAAUUCUACACAGUGGCUACUAAGAGCAGGAGAAGCUGAAAUUCUACAACCCAUGCCCCCUUUCUGAAUAUGGUAGAGAUUUAAGACAAAAUUUAAGUGAAAAAAAAUGUAAGAUGUCAGAAGCUUGAACCUUGUAUAAGGCAGCUAGCUGUCAGAGAGACACUAACUGCUAACAAGAGAAUUUUUAACAAAGCUUUCAGGCUCUCAAUGCCAUGUGCUUCUUUGCUUUCAGUUAAGAUGAUACUGGCAUUAAAAUUCUACUAUUUCCUCAAAACUUUUUUACUUCUUUAUAUCCUCAAGAAAGAAAAACCUUAAAAUAAGUAAGUUCAAGACAGUAUUUCUGCAGAAGUCAAAUUGACUGCCAUUAAACCAGCAGUGCUGCUGACUGUCCCUACUGCAAGAAAGCCCACAAGAAUUUAGGUGGUUCUGUAAACUUGUUCAGAAGGUACAAGGGCCUCUUUAUUCACAGUGCCCAGGUAUUUAAGCAGCAAGCCUGACAAUGAUUCAUAGCAGGGACAGCCCAAAGUGACUCAGCAGGAUGCCAGGACAUGUCUGGCUGCCAGAGCAGCAGCUCCAGGGCUCAGCCCCUCAGCCACACCUCCACAAGAGUGCAGUAAAACUGCAUUUCCUUACUGGCAAUCUGUGCUCUGGCAACCAAGACUGCACUAAGUUCCUGCUUCCAGUGUGCCACAAACCUCUCCCCAAGUGUUUUUCAGAACUUCAGAAAGAACUUUUAUAUACAUUACACUUUACAAACAGUUUGAUUGCUCUUGAUCCCUUAAAUGGCUGUCCCAAAACUCUUCCUUCCUCUGAAUUACUUCCAACUUAGCCCAACCAUGAGACAGAAGAGCAGGCACAGGCAGCUGCAUUCUUACAGAACCCACUCACUACCACUGUUUCCCUCCUCUGAUUAUUUUGAUUGCAAGCAUACAGAUUUUUUUUAAAUUCUCCACGUGUGGUAUGUACUUUAUUUACCACAUUUCCAAGUUACUUUUCUCGUUUAAUAGAUCAGGUGCAAAUUUACCCAAUUUAGCAGAGUAUCAGUAACCCCUGCUCCUUAAAAAAAGUUAUGUGCCCCUACUUAAGCUUAAAAAAACCUGAAUUCCAAGACCUCAUUUUGUUAAUAUCUAUAAAAGUCACAUCACUGAAAUACUGUUACCUUUGUACAGAAAUUUCACUAACAGCAAGAUGUCCAACUUUGUGAAACACAAACUGCUGCAAUGAGAGCUGAAAGACUGGAAUAUAACUAAGAACACACUUCAUUCCUCAAAAUAAAGAGGCAUUUCAAAAUUGCCUAUUUUUUAUUUUGAGACUCUAAGAGAUUCAGAUACUUUAAGCAAGAAGUACAAAGCCCCACAAUGCAUUAUUUUGAGUUAAACAGUUUCCUUAGACAUUCUAGGGAAAAAAUAACUAAGCCAAAUGGUCCUAAAAUUAAGCAAGUGAAAGGAGUACUAGUUGCAGUAGUUUAUCUUGAAGAGUUGUUCUCAUCUUCACUGUUAUCAGGGGGAGCACCACAAUGAGAAUUAGCAAAGCAAGACCAUGCUCAGUAACCAUUCAGCAACAGUUAACAUGGACAGGUAAACUUUCCAGUCAGACAAGGAUUUGGGGGGGGCUUCUACAGGAAAAAUGCAAAGGGCAGAGUACAAAGAAGGGUACAACAGCAAUGUGCAAUCCACUCUAAGUGAAUUACAACUCUAUCCUUGAAUUAAAAUUACUUCAAAUCCCAUUAGGGGUCAGUAUUAAACGAUAUCUUGAAGAAAUAAACAACUAUGUUCAUAAAAAAGCCUCACCACAAACUUGAAAAAUAUCUCAAAAACUUAAAAAAA